CUCCCCCCAAUCAGUAUAGCUAGCAUCUAGCUACAUGUCUUCCUACAUGUUAGGAACCUGAAGCCGCGUGAAAAUCUUCGGAACGACGAGCUGGUGUUUCUAGCAAUAAUUUGACACUACCACGCCAUAUAAACGUCUAUUGCGACAACAGCUACGAAACCCCAAAGUGCCCUAUUCCUGGCAUUGUAAAGCUGGAACCUGCACAUGAAAACUAUAUGGACCAAUCAAAAACACAGUAAAAAUAUGGGAGAGGAGAGGUCGGUGAAUCCUCUGGCAAUGGUGUGUUUUGUCCUGUGCUGGGUACACACUCAUGGGGAAGCAAGUACUGACUGCAGCCCGGUGGGAGAGACCGGGUCCCCAGAUCUGGCUGAAGACCUGCGCACAGCUGAGCAUGCUCAGAGGCGCCACCUGGAGGUGCUGUUCAGCAAAUAUGGGGAGAAUGGAACCAUAUCCCUCGAGGGACUGAAGAGACUGCUUGAAAGUGUGGGACUGGACCGCAUCCGGAAAGUGAUGGUACAGCAUCAGGAGGAGGCUGGCCACCCAGGGGAAGGGCAUGUGGAUGGAGGCACCCACCACCACACCCACCAGCACCACCACCAUGUGCAACAUCAGGGCCAUCCCCAUUGGCAAGACCUUCCUGCCACUAAGAAAACUGCUGAAGCCCCAAAGGUCCAGAGGAGCGAAGGGGCCCCGGCAAAGAAAAUCGAGGAUUCGAACGCCCACCACAACCUCUACGAUAAGAGGGUGCAGCAGGAGAUUAGCACCACCCCAGUAUACACCACCAAUGUCCUGCUGAAGUCUCAGGAGUUUCGCAGCCGGAGGAGUGCUGACUAUAACCCGUCCCAGGACAGUGCCUCCACCUCCCAAGGUGACAACUCCACUCACGUUGAUGUCCUGGGCACCACCACCAAGCUCAUUGACAACCUGCUUGUUUCAGAGGAACAAACCAUAUCCCCUGACCCCCAACACCUGGAUGACCAAGACCAUGUGGGUAGAAACUCUCAUGACCAUGACCAUGAUCACGGCCACUCCCACAAUGACGAUCACACCCACAAUCCAGACACAGCCCAUGAGCCUAUCCCUGAUCCCAGUCACAAUCAAGAUCAAGAUCCAGAUCACAGUCAUGACCCUGACAACCAUGACCAUGACCACAGCCAUGAUCACAUAGAUCACAAAGAAGAGUGUUUAAAUGCCUCAAGCAUCUUGUCUGCACAUGGAAUGACAAAGGUGGUCCUCUCUGUCAGUGACUUCAGCUAUCUGUGUCCAGCUCUUCUCAAUCAGAUGGACACUAAGUCCUGCAUCCUACAUGCUGAGGAUCGCCUCCAAAUCAAUACUGACCGAGAUCAUCACAGUCAUCAUGGUCACGGUCAUCAUGAUCAUGAUCAUGAUCAUGACAAUGAGCAUGAUCAUGAUCACCAGCUUAAUGACAACAACCAGAAUGGUUCUUCAAUCAAAGCAGCUUGGAUUGGGGGAUUUGUCUCUAUCACCAUCAUCAGCUUGCUGUCCCUCUUGGGCGUGGUCCUGAUCCCGCUGAUGAACCGCGUCUUCUUCAAGUUUCUGCUCAGCUUCCUCGUAGCCCUGGCAGUAGGAACCCUCAGUGGAGAUGCCUUCCUACACCUCAUUCCACAUUCCCAGGGGGGUCAUAAUCAUCACUACCACUCAGCCAAUGUGAGUGAGGGACAGCUUCACCAUGGUGACGAGGAAGAUAACUUGGAUCCGGUGUGGAAAGGUCUGACGGCUUUAAGCGGCGUCUAUUUCAUGUUCUUGAUUGAGCACUUCCUUACCCUGGGCAAGAUGUACAAGGACAAGAAACAGAAGAAUCAAAAGAAAUGGGGCCAAAAUGAAGAUGGCGUCGAAGCUGACAAGCAGCCCGUGACAGAAGAAAAUGACAAUCUCAAACCAUCUGAAGACGUUGAGACGAACGGGGCCGGGGUCUUCAAGGACCAGUCCACCUUCACAUCGGAGCUGGCCAGACAGGGCCCGGCUGAGGAGGAGGAGGUGAUGCUGGCGCCUGCAGCCGCCUCGGCCGGCUACGAGGGCUACAUGGCCCAGGACUGCGAGAACAAGUGCCACUCGCACUUCCACGACACCGUGGGCCAGCCCGACGACCUCCACCACCACCACCACGACUACCACCACAUCCUGCACCACCACCACUCCCAGAACCACCACCCCCACAGCCACUCACACUCCUACUCCCAGCAGCAUUUCCAGGAGGCAGGCGUGGCCACUCUGGCCUGGAUGGUCAUCAUGGGCGACGGGCUACACAACUUUAGCGACGGGCUGGCCAUUGGGGCAGCUUUCACAGAAGGGCUGUCCAGUGGACUCAGCACUUCAGUAGCCGUGUUCUGUCACGAGCUGCCCCACGAGCUGGGGGACUUUGCAGUCCUGCUGAAGGCAGGCAUGACGGUGAAGCAGGCCAUCCUCUACAAUGUGCUGUCAGCCAUGAUGGCGUACCUGGGCAUGAUCACAGGCAUCCUCAUUGGGCACUACGCCGAGAACAUCGCCAUGUGGAUAUUCGCCCUCACUGCCGGGCUGUUCAUGUAUGUGGCCCUGGUAGACAUGGUGCCUGAGAUGCUGCACAACGACGCCGGGGAUCAGGGCUUCAGCCACUGCGGCUACUUCCUCCUGCAGAACGCCGGCAUCCUGAUGGGCUUUGGGAUCAUGCUGCUCAUUGCCAUCUUCGAGCACAAAAUCCAGCUGGACAUCGGCCUCUAACAGUCCCGACCACUGCACCAGGAUACAGCCAUCUUCCGCAAGGGAGAUUCAUUUAAAGAAACGAUUAUUUAUUUUUCCCCCAGAAAGACAUUUUUUAGGCAGUGCUCCAAUCGUGUCAUUUGUCCCGAUUGCAUUUGUUUUGGAAUGUGGCUUAACAUAAAUGGCUGUUACAAGGUUUGCUUCAUGCAGAAAUGACCCAUUGACUUAAAUAAGGAACAGUGUUCCUUCACAUUUUAGUUGUACGCUUCAUUGCUGCAAUUGACUGUUGUGAAAGUACCACUUAAUAUUACAUGAAAAAUAAAAGACAUGUAAUUUUCUCACUGUGCUCAACGGAUGAGAAUUAACACGUGUCAUCUGUUACUAGUAACGACAGUAUUGUGAUACAUGGGUUACAAUAGGAUAUCCCUGUCUAUUUAUUCGAUUAGCCAUUAUUGUAAACCUAUGUUCAAACCUAUAAUAAAUGCCAAACCAAGGUCAACUCUAGUGUUCCACUGAAACUUCACAGCAAUGACUUGUGUAUAUGCUGUGCUUAAAUGGGGUAAUUAUGACUGAUUAUGAUGUGUGACCAAAGUGGCGUAGCCGGCUAACCCAGUCUGAAUGGGUUGGCAUCCACCGUGUUGGAAGGGCUGCGUAUUAUUUUGAAGACCAAGCUGCAUGUAGGCAGUUGAAAUGAAGGUAACCCGUUUCUUUGUUUACCCUCUCCAUGUAAUGUGCAAUCCAUAACAAAAGCACUUUGUUAACAUGACUUUGAUUUACACAGAUGCCCGUCUCUUAGACACAGAUGUAGAAGGCCAUAUGGCACAAGGACAAGGUAGUCAAACGGUGCCACUUCAGUUCGCAUUUGUUAUCAUAGCUGCUGUUUUUCCUGGUGCGGUUCCAGAGUGGCUUUGCCGGGACUCUCUACACGGCUGGAUUUAAAGUAUACUAACCAAGUCAUUCCAUGAUGUGUGUCUGUAAUGUUAGUCGAACCACCAUUCAUAAAACUAACGUCAGUGUCUUGCCAAUGUCUUAUCAUUAUGUGCCGAAUAACACAAAUGCCUUGGCCGCAAUUUUAGUAUGUUUUAGUUGCACUAAGUUUGUUAGAGCUAAAUGAAGGGAACUACUGAAAUGAAUCAGUAUGUGUGUUGUCUGUUGUUCAUUGUGUAUGUCAGGCAGCUUUAGAUAUACCUGUGUGCUCCCACAUUCCAGGAAAAUAAAGUACAUUUAGAGAUUACAA